AGGCAUUCAUGGAGGUACGCACGUGUACACACACGAGUGGUUACUGCUCGGCCCUGUGGCACCCAUCCAUCCCUCCCUCAUGUGUGCGUGGUGUGUGUGUGUGUGUGGCAGGACUCUCGAUUCGACGGCGCCAACUUCAAGGCAGCUGUGGUCGACCGCGUCACCUUCAAGCGCUCCGACCUUCGCAAUGUCAACUUUGCAGCCGCAGUUCUCUCGGGCAGCACUUUCGAGGACGUACGGCGCACUGCACUCACACGCAGGCCGCCCACACUGAGAUUCCCAGGGCUCUUAAUCAUUCUCUUCUGCUGUUCACUAAUGCUUGCGUGUCUAUACGGCUCUCUCCCAGGCGAAUGUGGAGAACACCGACUUCAGCGAUGUGGUGAUAGGCGAUUUCGAGCAGCGGUCGCUGUGCAAAAACCCCACACUCAAGGUGCGGUGCGGUGCGCUCGGCCGCAAAGCUCAGCACGUGUACGUCAACGUUGCCUCUGUGUGUGUGGGUCUGUCUGUCUGUCUGUCUGUCAAUUGUAGGGUAGCCAUCCCAAGACGGGGGUGGACACGCGUGAGUCACUCGGGUGCCGCUCGUGAGUGAGUGAGGUUUCCUUCUCCGGUCUGGCUGUGCGAGGUUGAGGGGUGGCAGCGCUGGCUUUGUGGGUCUGCCGUGCCACACAACGAUGGACUGGAUUGCAUGAGGUGGUCUGGCGAAGCGAAUGAAGAUUGAGUACUCUACUUACUGGAGCCGUCUCAUGCACUAAUUGCAUCCUGUCUGUCUGUGCACAUGACCGACCGACCGAGGGUAUGGGCGAUUGCACUCAUGCAGGCCUGGUGGUCCAUGAAUGAACGGACGUGCCGCACAAUUAGUUGUGGCACACACUGCACACACACUGCACACACACACAGGCGGGACUCCCGCCCUCCCUCUCUGCGCGUGGACCCC